AUGGCUCCUGUUGAAAUUAGCUCACAAACACCAACUACACUCCCAGUUGAACCAAAGGUUGACAGUAUUACUACCACUCCCGCUGCUGCUGCUGCUGCUGCUGCUUCGGUUGCUGCUGCUCCUUUACUUGCUGGCGAACAUACACUUCCAGCAAGCUGGUGGCAUCUGGAAUCCGUGUAUGAGUUGGAGAAAAGGGCCAUUUUCCACAAAUCAUGGCUUUACUGCACUCAUGCUUCCCGUUUUACAAAGCCAGGUGAUUAUUAUUCCUUCAAUGUGACCGGUAUUUCAUUCUUCCUUAUUAAGUCAAAAACUGAUGGCCAAAUCAAAGCCUUCCACAAUGUCUGUCGUCACAGAGCAUACCCAGUUGUGCGUAAAGAGUCAGGAACAUCUACUGUUUUGGGAUGCAAGUAUCAUGGAUGGUCAUACAAUGCUGAUGGAAAAUUGAACAAGGCACCACAUUUUGAUAAUGUGGAGGGAUUCAAGAAGGAGGAAAAUUCAUUGUUCCCUAUUAGAACUCAUGUUACUCCACAAGGUUUAGUGUUUGUCAAUUUUAGUAACGAGGAUGAUGCAUCCGUUAUCCCAUUCGACGACUGGUUCAAAGGUUUAACCAAUGAGAUGAAUGAAUUUGACUUUGAUGACUAUGAAUAUCACAUGUCUUAUGAAUUACAUGGUGAUUUUAAUUGGAAAACAUUGAUGGAUGGUUAUCAAGAAUGUUACCACUGCCCCACUGCUCACCCUGGAUUGAACUCGGCAUUCAAGAUGGAGACGUACAAAGUUGUUCCAAAAAACAGAUAUUGUCGUCACUAUGCUGCCAUCAAGAGAAAUGAAGAGCCGGAAGCAAAGGAAGUGGAAGACGUUGAAGAAGAGACCACAGAAGGAAAGUCAUCCUGGUUUGGUUUUGGCAAAAAGACACAAGCACCCCCACAACAACAACAACAACAAAAACAAAAACAAGAAAAGAAAAAGGCAAGUAACCCUGGUGGUGAGUUUGACGGUUUAUGGGUUUACUUGUUUCCAAGUAAUGGUAUCAAUUGUUAUUCGCCAGCUUGGUAUUCAAUUAGAGUGUUACCACUUUCGGCAAAGAAAACCACGUUGCAAUACGACAUUUACACAAAGAAGGGGAUUGAUCAAGAAACAGCAAAGGAGUUUGUCGACUUUUUACAAUUGGUUGAGAUUGAAGACUUUAACCUUUGCCAAUUGACCCAGAAGAACUUGAACCAAGGAAUUUACUCCUCGGGAUACUUGCAUCCUGAAAAAGAAAGAGGUGUGUUAUACUACCAAGGAUUAGUUCGUGAUAUGGUGAAGGAUCACCAUGCUUUGGAGCAAAAGACCAAUGGUGGAAAACCUGUUGAUCCAGCAUCGAUUGCACCAAACUCAAAGAAUAAAGAAAUAGCUGAGCUUGAGGCCAUUUGUCAGGCAACCGAAUGUGGAAGUGGCGAAAACGGAAGUGGUGGUGAAAUGGAUUGGUAA